CGCCUUGACUGCAGUCUCUCGCGUCAAGACGCCUUUCCAAAGAGCGCCCAAAAAUUAUCUUUACUUCAAUAAUAAUCAUUACAUAGUUAGACAUUCGAUAGACAAGACAAGCGACUAAUAUGACUAGAGUGUGUCUUGUGGUGGUGCUGGCUAUUGCGGCCGUUGCAUCCGGGGCGUUCAAGUGUCCAAAGGACAACGGAGAGUUCGAAGAUCCUGUGCAAUGCGACAUGUACUACAAAUGCGUCGAUGGCGUCGCCACCCAAAUGCUGUGCCCGGAUGGUCUGGUAUUCGAUCCGUUCAACCGCAAGAUAAAUAAGUGUGACCACAUCUUCAACGUCGAAUGUGGCGACCGCCUGGAAUUACAGCCUCCUCAACCAUCGAAGAACUGUCCAAGGCGAAAUGGCUUCUUCGCUCAUCCCGACCCAUCGGUCUGCGACGUAUUCUACAACUGUAUCGAUGGAGAGUCAAUAAAGAUCCCCUGCACGACGGGACUGCACUUCGACGAGUACAGCGGAACCUGCGUUUGGCCUGAUAGUGCAGGUCGCCAGGGCUGCGGCAAGGUGGGCAACAAGCUGGCUGACGGAUUCGAAUGCCCGAAGGAAGUGCAACACGACACCCGUGACAUGCCCGUCGAUCAUCCGAAAUACGCCCACCCAGAGGAUUGCCAGAAGUUUUACAUAUGUUUGAGCGGCGUCACUCCUCGUGAACAAGGAUGCAGCGAAGGAACUGUGUACAACGACGUUCUCCAGAAAUGUGACGAUCCUAAGAAUGUUCCUGGAUGUGAGGACUGGUACAAGGACGAUGCCGCCAAGCCGUGAAGAAAUCUGUGAACGUUUCCUGUCCCGCAUCGGGACCUUCAAAACGACUUCGUUCUACACGUUUCAACUUAUUUUAUACGAUUAGAAAACGAUUUAGAUAUGAAUACAAUCUUUGUAAAUGUUUUCUAAUAAACGGUAUUUUCUCUCAAA